CGUCAAACAUAAUUCGUGCAUGUAUGUAAUAAAACGCGCCGUCUCCGUCGAUGUAAUAAUAAUGCCGUCGCUACGUAUAGUGCAGUGGCUGUGGCUACAUUUUUUCCUUUCGAGUGUCGUGCCGGAGUUUAGUGCUAUGGGAGGUAUUUGCCCAACUGCGUGCACGUGUAAGUGGAAAGGUGGUAAGCAGACCGUGGAAUGUAUGGAACGAGGACUUAUAGCUAUACCGGACAGCAUCGAUACCGAAACACAAGUUUUGGAUUUAUCGGGAAAUAAUCUUCAAAUUUUACAUAGAGAAGCGUUCAAUAGAACUGGUUUAAUAAAUCUUCAAAGAGUAUUUUUAAGAAGCUGUCGUAUCGGUCAAAUAGACAAUCUAGCGUUUAGAGGACUUACCAAUUUAAUCGAAUUAGAUAUAUCACAUAAUCUUCUUACUAGCGUUCCCUCGGGAACGUUCAAAGAUAUCCCAUUUUUACGUGAUUUAAUUAUUUCUAAUAAUCCGAUUCAAAAAAUCGAAUCUCAUGCUUUCCAAUCUAUACACGGUUUAGUGAAAUUGGAUUUGUCCAAUUGCGAAAUUCAAAAUGUUGCUCCGAAAGCGUUCGAAGGCAUAGAAAUGCUCGAAUCCCUCAAAAUAAACGGAAAUCGACUUUCUGAGCUACGGUUACGAACGGUCGAAACUCUAACGCGACUCCAUGGAGUAGAACUACACGAAAAUCCUUGGCACUGCGAUUGCAGAUUACGUUCUGUGAAAGAAUGGUUACUAAGAAAUAAUAUUCCUUAUCCAGAAAAUCCUGUUUGUAGUGGAGGACCUGAACGAGUUAUACACAAAACUUUCGCCGAAUUACAUAUCGAUGAUUUCGCUUGUAAACCGGAAAUAUUACCAGUUAGCAGAUUCAUAGAAGCUGUUGUUGGUGAAAAUGCUACUAUCACUUGUAGAAUCAAUGCUGUACCAGCCGCUCAAGUUAAAUGGUACUGGAACGGAAAACAACUUCUUAAUAAUACAGUUUUCUCUCCCCAUCAAUUUAUUAAUAUAUAUGAAGAUGGUAAACAAGAGAAAAUAAGCAAUUUAGUAUUAACGAAUGUCCAAGAAGGAGACGCCACUGAAUUCUACUGCGUAGCAGAAAAUAGAGCAGGUAGCUCCGAAGCAAAUUUCACUUUAAGGGUGUCAUUAAGACCGUUAGGAAUAACUUCUUUAGGAAAUGGUCAAAUUGCAGGACUAAGCGCUGCUUUAGUAUUUCUCAUUUUAUUCAUAUUAGUCAUCAUAUCAAUUUUAUUAAUUAAACUCAGAAGAAUACCUUUCACUGAAAGUAAAACACCAGGUCACGUAGAAGUAGUUACUGUCGUCAACAGUGGUAACAUUCCCAAUGGAAAAUCUGUUUCACCUAUCAAUACUCCCGAGGAAACUUCCUCUUUCACCGAAAGAAAACCACCAGGAGAAUUAACUUUCUGCAAUCCGAUUCAAAAACCUCCUCGAUUAAAUGACGUUCCUUACUCGACAGUUCAUUACAAUGGAAACGGCAGUAUAAUAACCAGUAUAGUGUCUCCAUCUUCAGGAUCAGUCAAUAACCCAGAUUUGAUAAAUGACACCAAAAGCGGAGAAUUACCUGCUUCAACCGAGUCGCUCGAUAGACCAAUGAGCGGAGAAUACAGCAGAAAUCCGGAUUCGUUGUAUCCAUCUGGAUUAUGGAGUGGCGAAACGAUUCCUGCUAUUCUUUCAAGUUUUCAAUAUAACGAUAAAACGCCUAUUAUGCAUGACGGAACAAGCACUGGAGGUUCCGUUGAAGAACUCAAUUUUCGUUUAGCUCAAGGAACUAAUCGUUUAGCUUCCUAUCCCUCGGAUUACGGUCUUCCUAUAGUAGAAAACAAAACAGAAAACGUUUCAAUACCGGCAUCUCAAGUUAAUUUACCAGUAAACGCAAAGACGUUAAGAGUGUGGCAAAAAGGGGCGGUACCAGUAUUACCUCCGGUAACUGCUUUAAAAAGAGUAUUGACUAAUAAUAGGAAUUCACCCGAUGAAGGAUAUCAAGAAGGCUGCGGUACCGAUGUUUAAAUAGGUUAAAACGUUCCUAAAAAAGUAUGGACUGUAUUAUUUAGGUUGCUCAAAAUGGCAACUUUUCUAGUGCUGUGAACGAAAAAAAAAACCUUGUAUAUAUUUAUUUCCCUGUGUGAUAUUUGGCUCAUAGUCAAGAUAUUUAUAUAUAAAUGUGAAUAUUGUGAAUAAUGAUUGUAGUUAAUGUUGAAUAAUAUUGGAGUAUACAUGGUCAAAAGACUGAUUUAGAUAGAGUUUGUAAAAGAAUAUGUUUCUCUGUAUUAUUAAAUUGGGGUACGUAUUUCUAUAUAUUAAAAUAAAAUAUAAGCGUUACU